GCGUUUUUUGCUAUCACAUCGGAUCGUCAGAUAAUUUCGCUAUAUCCGAAGCGCUUAAAAAUAAUUUCGAAGCGCUAAAAUAGCAAUAAUAACAAAAGCACGUGUCAAGUGGGCAUACAGCUUGAGAUAAGUACAGCUCAAAACUGCAAGCAGACUAUAAAAAAACAGAACCGAAUACCAAUAAGCAAACCAAAAAACAAAGUUCAUACCAUGGCCAUAGAGUUAAGCUCUAUAUGCACUGCAAGUGAUAGAACAACAACCACAACAACAACCAAAUCAACAACAACAAUUGCCAAACGCAGCAGCAACAACAACAAUCGGGCUGAACAGCUGUUUAGCUGCGUCUGCGCCAAUGCAAAUUUGCUGCUUAUCACAUUGAUGCUGACGUUAAGUAAAUGCUGCAGUGCCACGCCCACAACAGCGCCACAACAAGUACUAACCGCAGCUGGAGCUGGCGGUAGCCAACUAACCAAACUGAUCGAUGGCAAAAGCUUUCUCAACAUUGGCUUCAAAUUUCUUAAUGUAUCUGGAAUGAUCGGCACGCCACUAAGCAUAGCACAAACUGUGUCCAACAAAUGCGGCGAGAAGCAAUUUCAAUGCCAAAACGGCGAUUGCAUUCCCAUUCGCUUUGUAUGCGAUGGCGAGCCCGACUGCAAAGAUCUGAGCGAUGAGCGUUCAAUGUGUAAAUUUCCGGAAGCCACUUGCUCGUCGGACCACUUUAAAUGCAAUAGCGGCAACUGCAUACCCAACAAAUGGCGCUGCGAUCAGGAAAAGGACUGCGCCGAUGGCUCCGAUGAGGCAGCAUCGCUUUGCAUGAACGCCUGUCCCAACAAUGAGUUUAAAUGCAAAACCGUCGACCGCUGCAUACCACGCGAUUGGCUCUGCGAUGGCAGCAACGAUUGCCACGAUAAAUCCGAUGAAGCGCACUGCAUGGCGCGCACCUGUUCGCCGGAUGAGUACGCCUGCAAAAGCGGCGAGGGCGAAUGCGUUCCUUUAGCCUGGAUGUGCGAUCAAAGCAAGGACUGCAGCGAUGGCUCCGAUGAGCACAACUGCAACCAAACUUGUCGCUCCGAUGAAUACACCUGCGGCAAUGGACGCUGCAUUCAGAAGCGCUGGGUAUGCGAUCAUGACGAUGACUGCGGCGACGGCAGCGACGAGCGCGAGUGUCCUGUCGUCCCCUGCGAUGCUGUGGCCGAGCAUAGCUGCACCAAUGGCGCCUGCAUUGCCAAGCGCUGGGUCUGCGACGGUGAUCCGGACUGCGCGGACGCCUCCGACGAACGAGGCUGUGCUAAUGCCACCAAGCUAGUGACGCCCUGUCUGCCUCACGAGUAUCAGUGCAAGGAUCGCAUUACCUGCCUGCACCAGAGCUGGCUCUGCGACGGCGACCGUGACUGUCCCGACGGCGACGAUGAGCAUUCGGCCAACUGCAAGAACAUCAGCUGCCGACCCGAUCAGUUUCAGUGCAAGGAUCACACCUGCAUUGCCGGCCAUCUCACCUGCAAUGGCCAAUCGGACUGUGCCGAUGGCAGCGAUGAACUCAACUGCCGCUUGUCGGCGCCCAUCAUCAGCUGCAAUGCCACCACUCAGUUCGACUGCGGCGCUGGCCAGUGCAUUCCACUCUCGAAGGUGUGCGACAAGCGCAAGGACUGCCCCGAUGGCGAGGACGAGCCGGCGGGCAAGUGCGGCAUCAAUGAGUGCGCCAAGCAGAACGCCGGCUGCAUGCACCAGUGUGUGGAUCACCCAGUGGGCUACCACUGCGCAUGCCACCAGGGCUACAAGCUCUCGGGCGACGGCCACUCCUGUGUGGACAUCAAUGAGUGCGCCGAGCCCGGCGUCUGCUCCCAAACGUGUGUGAAUGAGAUGGGCGGCUUCAAGUGCGAGUGCGAGGCAGGAUACAUUAGAGAUCCUCGCAACCACACACGCUGCAAGGCGACCGAGGGGCAUGCCUCGCUGUUGCUGGCGCGUCGCCAUGAUAUACGCAAGAUUGCCCUGGAUCACAUGGAGAUGACGUCGAUUGUGAAUAGCACAAAGUCGGCCACGGCCUUGGACUUUGUGUUCCGCACUGGGAUGAUCUUCUGGAGCGAUGUGACCACCCAGAGCAUCUACAAGGCGCCCAUCGAUGAGGGCAACGAGAAGACAGUGGUGCUCAAGCAGUCGUCGGUCACUUCGGAUGGGCUGGCCGUGGAUUGGAUCUACAACCACGUCUACUACACGGACACACACAAGUGCACCAUUGAGCUGACGAACUUCGAUGGCAACAUGGGCAAGGUGCUGAUCGAAGAUGCGCUGGACAUACCGCGCUCGAUAGCGCUCGAUCCGAUCGAGGGCUGGAUGUACUGGUCCGACUGGGGCGCCUCGCCGCGCAUCGAGCGUGCCGGCAUGGAUGGCAGCCAUCGCACCACCAUCAUCAACUACGACGUCAAGUGGCCCAAUGGCAUUACUCUGGAUCUGGUGCGCAAGCGCAUCUACUGGGUGGAUGGCAAGCUGAGCGUCAUUAGCUCAGCCAACUACGAUGGCUCCAAGCGUCGACAGAUUCUCUACUCGACCGAGUACCUGCGCCAUCCCUUCUCGAUCACCACCUUCGAGGAUUACAUCUACUGGACCGACUGGGACAAGCAGACGGUCUUCAAGGCCAACAAGUUCACAGGGGAAGGCGUUGAGCCCAUAACAGCAACGCAUAUGUUGCAGCAUCCCAUGGUCAUUCACGUUUACCAUCCCUAUCGCCAGCCCGAUGGCGUCAAUCAUUGUCAAUCGGUUAAUGGUCACUGCUCGCAUCUCUGUCUGCCCGCGCCGCGCAUCAACGAGCGCAGUCCGCGCAUCUCCUGCGCCUGCCCCACAGGUCUGAAGCUGAUGGCCGAUGGACUCAUGUGUGUCGAGGACCUUGCCGAACGGCGUCCGGCAAAGAACCAAACACACACGGAUCAAACCACUGCGCCCAGUCCACAACCGGACUCGGGUUUUAUUGCGCUGGUGGUUAUUGCCAGUCUCAGUGGCUGCGCCGUGCUGCUAUCGGUGCUGCUGCUCUUGGGUUAUCGUUACUGCAGCAAGCGACGCAUCAAUUCUAUGAACUUUGAGAAUCCCAUUUACCGCAAAACCACCACAGAGGAUCAUUUCAGUUUACGCAAGAAUCUGCCGUCACGCAUCUACGAUCACACCAGCGUUAUGGAUGAGGAGUACUCACCCGUCAUAGGCAUAUCGUCGUAUUAGAGCUUUGGGUUUUUUACUUAUGCGAAUCUUCAACAGAAAUUAUUUGGCCAUGACCAAUAAGCCAUAUUUAGAACCCGCAGAGCAGACACGCCUUAAGACUGAGCAACUCUAUGUGUAAAUUAUUUUAACAUAAAAUUUAUUUUUAACAGCGGGUCACUUCAAAGCGAGAGAGAGAAUCCUUUGAGGAUUCUGUACAAAACACACACAAAAUGUCACAGAGUUCUUACCUAAACACUUAAACUUUAAUACAACUAAACUAAAUUGACGAAAUAAUACAACUAUAAAAUAUAAAUUAAAUAGUUCCGAACUGUAUAUAGCUGUAAGUGUGC